UCUCUGGCGCUUCAUGGGAGUUUUGACCAUAUUCUCAUUGUUUUUGUUCCUUGCGGCUGCCAUUUCUCGAACCUACCUAUUUACCUAGUUUUCUCUUUUUUUUUCGUGGUUCUCGCAAGCCGCCUCUUUGUAUGCGUUCAAGCGUCACCUCUUAUCCUUUUCCUCUUGUACAGUCAUGGCGCAAGGUUCUUUUGCUCUCUCUUUUGUCGGGAUACGCUUUUAAUGCUUCAUGAUAAGUUAGGAACGUAG